AUGGAUUCUGUCAAGCUGAAGAAUGCCUAUGGGACUCAUGGGACUCCAGAGGCAUCGGACAGGUUCCGGCAGGCCAAGCGGUGUGCGGCUUUGGCGGUUCUGGAUGCAAAAACUCGGACAUCGGAAGAGUUUGAAGAAGCCAUGGACAACGACUUCCGGACGGUUUCGAAAAUUUCUAGCUGCAGUCAUGGCGUUGAGGGGAGUCGGUUUGGUGGCUACAGGAUUGGGUAUCUGCUUUUUGUGGAUUAUGUGGUCCUGCUGUAUCUCCUGCUCUCACUGGACCAGUUCGCAGCGGAAAGUGAAGCAACUGGGAUGAGAAUCAACAUUUCCAAAACCGAGUCAAUGGUUCUCGGCGUCGUCCGUAAAAGUGUGGAGUGCCUUCUCCGGGUUGGCGAUGGGAUCAUGCCCCAAGUGGACGGGUUCAAGGACCUCGGGGUCUUGAAAACGGGUGACGGAAGAGUGGAUCAGAGCUGUGGAAGUGGGGAGUUUGAGUGCACCAGUGGACAAUGUAUAAACAUAGCCUGGAAGUGCGAUGGAACUAACGACUGCACCGAUGAUUCGGAUGAGCUCAACUGUCCUUCCCCGUCGUGCAGCGCACAGCAGUUUAAAUGCGUUACAAGCGGUGAAUGCAUCGAUUUGAGUUUCGUUUGCGAUGGGGGGGAAGACUGCAAGGACGGCUCAGACGAACAAAGAACAUGCGGCGAUCGAACCUGCAGCCCGGACCAGUUCACCUGCCAGGAGGGCCAGUGUAUCCCCGGUAAAUACAAAUGCGACCAUGUGAAGGACUGUGUGGACAACUCUGACGAAAACAACUGCAACUAUCCGCAGUGCACCGAUAAAACAUGUGCCAAUGGAGCGUGUUACAACCACUCGCAGCAUUGCAAUGGACGCCAGGACUGCAGAGAUGGCUCGGAUGAGUAUAAUUGCACCAACAAGCAUUGCUCCAUCCACCAGCAUCAGUGUGCCAAUGGCGUCUGCAUACCUAUUUCCUUCCUAUGCGACCACUGGAAUGACUGUGGGGACAACAGCGAUGAGCAAGGCUGCGUGUACCAAAGCUGUAGCGGCGAUGAGUUCACGUGUUCGAGCGGCCGUUGUAUUCCCCAGCGCUGGGUGUGUGACCACUUCAAUGACUGCGGAGACUACAGUGAUGAAAAAGGCUGUGACAGUAACUCCCGAGAUUGUUACCCUGGCGAGUGGGGCUGCCCCGGUUCACCAGCUUGUAUACCAGUGGGAAAAGUUUGUGACGACAAACCGGACUGUCCAGAUGGGACUGAUGAGACCAACUCCACCGCUCAGCGCAACUGCAGCCUGGAACGCUGUUCGACUUUGAGCUGCGAGUAUCUAUGCCAUGUGUCUCCACAAGGGGGCACUUGCUACUGCCCGGAUGGUUUCAUCGUUGGCAACGACAGUCGCUCCUGUGUAGACUACAAUGACUGUCAAAUCUGGGGCAUAUGUGACCAGCUUUGCGAAGACCGGCCGGGGACGCACCGCUGCAGCUGUGCUGAGGGCUAUUUCCUGGAACAAGGUCACGUUUGCAAGGCCAACCUGUCAGGUGGAAUGCCGCAGCUCAUUUUCACAGACGGAGGAGAGGUGAUGAUGGGUGACAUCCACGGCCGCUACGUCCGAACUCUGGUGCCAGCUCAGGGCAGAGGCUCUGCUGUCGGCGUGGCGUACCACAGGCACAGUGAGACCGUCUUCUGGAGUGACACGUACACCAAAAAGGUGUAUUCCACCAACUAUAAUGGAGGUAACAUUAGGGAGGUUCUGACUACUGCAGUCCAGAAUGUGCAGAACCUGGCCGUGGACUGGAUCAACUUCAAAUUGUACAUAUUGGAAGCCAUGGUGGAGCGCAUUGACGUGUGCGACUUUGAAGGAGGGAAUCGAGUCACGCUGGUUGCUGAGAACCUGCAGAGUCCUCAUGGCCUGGUCCUGGACCCCACAGUGGGUUACAUGUUCUUCACUGACAUGGGCGUUAGCAAUAACAACAUGAAGCUGGAGCGGGCCUUUAUGGACGGCAGCAACCGUGUGGAGCUGGUAAAGACCAGGCUUGGCACACCAACCGGAAUUAGCGUUGAUAUAAUCACAAAGAGGGUCUACUGGUCUGACAGCCAUUUUGACACAGUUGAAACUGUCACUUAUCAUGGUUUGGACAGGAAAGUGGUCCUCAAUGGUGGAACCCAGUCUCCACAUCCUUUCGGCAUGGCUGUAUUCGAGAACCACGUGUUCUUCACCGAUUGGACCAAGAUGGGGUUGGUGAGAGCCAACCGCUUCAACGGCAGCAACCCGGCGCUCCUCUUUCGUACCGCCAAGCGACCGGGCCAUGUUGUCGUCUCCCACUCGGCCCUGCAGCCUGUUGUGAUGAACCCCUGCGGACGGCACAACGGCGGCUGUCAGCACAUUUGUGUCCUGAGCCACCGCACAGACAAUGACGGUUUGGGAUACCGCUGCAAGUGUCGCCACGGUUACGACCUGAAAUCAGACUUUCACAGUUGCUUCAAGGUAAAGCACUACUUGCUGGUGGCCUCCUCUGUAGCCCUGCGAGGGAUCCCGCUCACCGUGUCCCUCCAGGAAGACAUCACCCUUCCCCUCACAGGGCUAGCCUCGUCUUUUUCCGGCUCGGCUGUAGAGUUUGACGGGCAAGAUGAGGUUCUAUUCUACAACGACAGGUCGAGAGGCCUGAUCUAUAAGUCCAACCUCAAUGGCACCGUUCAACAGAUUUUGACUGGCUACAGGGUUGGCUCCAUCGAUGCCAUGGCUUACGAUUGGACUUCCAAAGUUUUGUUUUGGACCUCUAACACCUACAAGACCGUGGUGGCCUUCAGAAUCAUAGACAAGUCUAUGAGUGACAUCGUCACGGGAUUAAGGAUCCCGAAGGGACUUGCAGUACAUCCCGGUGAUGGCUACUUAUUUUGGGCCGACAUAUAUCGCCCGGCCGUCAUCAUGAGGGGCUACACUGAUGGCAGCAAUGCAGUUCCACUGGUCAAUAAAACACUUGGGCAGCCAUAUGCGCUUUCUCUCGACUAUGUGCAGGAGCGCUUGUAUUGGGUCGACUCCCUCUUGGACCAAAUUGGACACGUUGACUUUCAAGGAAACAACAGGCAGACCUUCAGCAAUAUUGGACGGAUCACACAACCCUAUUCGCUGACUGUUUAUUCAGACUACCUGUAUGUGUCUGAUACACGUACCAGAGCGAUAUUUGAGAUGAGGAAGAGGGAUGGAGGAGGAAACAUAAUAAUCAGACAAGGAAUCAAUGGAAUUCUGAAUGUCAAAGCCUACACAGCUGACCUCUACAGUAGUAUCAGUAGUCGCUGUGCAGUGGCAAAUGGGCGCUGCAGCCACUUCUGCUUCCCGACUCCGUCCUACAGCCGCGUGUGUGGCUGCCCGUACGGCAUGAAGCUACAGGUCAACCAGAUGGACUGCGUAAAGGAUGACAGUGUUCCACCGCCGGAUAACAACUGCGGCGACUACGCCUUUGAGUGCGACGAGGGGCGAUGCAGGCCCAAUUCCUACCGCUGCGAUGGCUACUUGGACUGCGUGGAUAAGUCUGACGAGGCCAACUGCACAAGCACAGGAGCGACCUGCUCUCCCAGCGCUUUCACCUGCAACAACAAGCACUGCAUCCUGUCCGGGUGGCGUUGUGACGGCAUCGACGACUGCGGCGAUGGUUCGGAUGAAGUCAACUGUCCCACUCAGGAGCCCACCACCUGUCCGGCAAACACAUUCACCUGCGAUAACAACAGAUGCGUCUCCAAAGCGUGGCUGUGCGACGGCGACAACGACUGUGGCGACGGCUCGGAUGAGCACAACUGCAACUCCACCAUCACCACCUGCCCGCCUGCCUACUUCCUGUGCCCCGACCACCGUUGCAUAUUCAACUCCUACGUGUGCGAUGGCGACCAGGACUGCUUUGAUGGCUCGGAUGAGAAAGACUGCGAGAUUUCCUGCGCCUCCUAUGAGUUCGCCUGCGUCAGUGGCGACCAGUGUGUCAGCAAAAGUUACCGCUGCGACGGCGUGGCUGACUGCAGGGACCACUCUGAUGAGCGAGACUGUCCCACUCGAGGGCCGGGCCUGUGCCACAAAGACGAGUUCCAGUGUCAAACCGACGGCGUCUGCGUGCCGGACACUUGGGAGUGUGACGGCCACCCCGACUGCGAGGACGGUUCCGACGAGCACAUCUCCUGCCCUCCUGUGACCUGCAGUGCCAGCUACUUCCAGUGCCCCAACAAGAUUUGCAUCCCCAAAUACUGGCUGUGUGACGGCGAAAACGACUGCCGGGACAUGAGCGACGAACAGAACUGUCCUACACCUCCGUUCAAAUGUCCCGGCAGCCAGUGGAUGUGUCCCACUGACCAGGUGUGCAUCGAGGAAGACAAAGUGUGCGACGGCAAGAAGGACUGUCCUAACGGAGCUGACGAGUCACCCAUCUGCAAUGAGAACGACUGUAUAUUACACAACGGCGGCUGCAGCCACAUCUGCAUUCAAGGACCAUAUGGGGCGGAGUGCCACUGUUUCCCGGGUUUCCAGCUGCUCAACGACUCCAAGACCUGCGACGACAUCAAUGAGUGUCUGAUCCCGGGUUUCUGCAGCCAGAAGUGCUACAAUGAGAGAGGAAGCUUUCGCUGCUACUGCUCUGAUGGUUACCUCCUGGAGCCUGAUGGACGCACCUGCAAAGCUACAGACCCUCUUGCAGCCGUACUUCUGUUGGCCAAGCGGAGCCAGGUCAUUGCCAACAGGAUCAACGCAAAACCCCCACAGAUCAGUCCAGUGGUGAGCGGUUCAAACAUAGUGUCCGUGGACUUUGACCGCGUGACUUCCAGGGUCUACUGGGCCGACGCCUCCCUGAAGAAGAUUUGGAGUGCUUACCAGAAUGGAACUGACAGAAAGGAAAUUUUUUCUAGUGGUCUGAUGGUGCCAGAGAGCAUCGCUGUGGACUGGGUGGGCCGUAAUCUCUAUUGGACCGACUCUGUCUUGGAGAACAUCGAGGUGUCUACUCUGGACGGUCGCUUCCGCAAAGUGCUCCUCACCGAAAACGUCACAAGCCCCCGUGGCUUGGUUUUAGACCCCCGUAACCAUACCAACAUGAUGUUCUGGACGGAUUGGGGUCAGAACCCCAGGAUCGAGCGGGCCGACAUGGAUGGGGUCAUGCGAAAAGUCAUUGUUAGUACAAAGAUAUACUGGCCCAACGGCUUGGCGCUGGACUACACCACACGCAGGGUGUACUUUGCAGAUGCCUACCUCAAAUACAUCGACUACUGCGAUUACGACGGGAAAAACCGCUAUCAAGUCAUGGCGAGCGAAAUGUUCCUCCAGCACCCACAUGGCAUGACCAUCUUUGAAGACAACAUUUACUGGUCGGAGCGCUACACCAGCAAAGUGAUGAGAACGAACAAGUUCCAUGGUGGCAACGUCACCACAUUGUUAAAUAGCGUGUACCAGCCCAUGGGCAUCGUUAUGGACCAUCCUGUUAAACAACCAGCAGGCCUCAAUCCAUGCAAAGAACAUCCGUGCAGUCAACUGUGCCUGCUGUCAGGCUUCAGGCCAAGGUACUACACCUGCCACUGUCAGUCUGGAUGGAAGCUGGAUACUGAUAAACGCACAUGUCUCAAAGAUGAAACUCCUUUCUUGAUGGUGGUGAGCGAUUCGGUGAUUUACGGCGUUCCUCUGGACCCCGCCGAUUCCUCCAACAAUGCAAUGGCGCCCGUGUCAGGCAUCCGUCAGGGGCGGGACAUUGAAUUUGAUGACCUGGAGCAGUUUGUCUACUGGGUUGAGCUUUCGGGUUCUAUUUGGCGAAUCCAUACCAACGGCACCAAGAGGUCUUUGUUUGCACCAGCUGCUUUUUUGGGCUCCCCAUCUGGUCUGGCGUUUGACUGGAUAAGCAGGAUAAUGUAUUAUAACAACCCCACAGCUAAAUCCAUAGAGGUCAUUCGGGUUGAUGGAAAACAGUACUAUCGAAAGACCAUCAUCACCUCCACAGGGAAACCAGAGGGAGUGGGAACACCAAUCGGAAUAGCCGUAGAUCCAGCAAGAGGGAAAUUGUUCUGGACGGAUGGGGGGUCCAUUAAUGGUGUUCCUCCGAAAGUGGCCAGCGCUGACAUGGAUGGGAGCAACAUUACAAUCCUCUACAAGGGCAACCUGGCUAACGUGGGCUACCUCGCUGCUGAUAUUUCCACCAGGAAACUCUACUGGGGAGUGUCAGGCUCAGGAGUGAUCGAGAGCGGCACCAUGGAUGGGGCGAGCCGAGUGACAGUUGUUAGCGGCCUGUCUUACCCAGUGGGGUUGACCAUCUACCAGAACUACCUCUAUUACGCCGACAAGGACUAUCAGGUCAUUGAGAGGGUGGACAAAGACACGGGUGCCAAUAUGGUGGUGAUAAGAAGCGGGAUGCACCAACUGCGUGCUGUCAAGGUGCACGCCAGAGACAACUCUGCAGGGACCGCCAACGCAUGCAGCUCCAACAACGGUGGCUGCCCUCACCUCUGCCUGCCCAAACCUAACAGCCAAAGGGUGUGCGCCUGCACCACGGGCUUCUACCCAUCUCACGAUGGCUCCGAAUGCGAAGAGUUUGACUCAUUCGCCGUGGUCUCCACGCCCAGCUACAUCCGCGGCUUUCAUAUAAAUAGCUCCGAUCACUCCGAAGCCAUGGUGCCCAUCGGUGGAUCUACCCCUUACAUGAAGCAGAAUUUAGCCCUGCACGUGGAGUCUGGAUUUAUUUACUGGACUGAGAACGGCACCUCGUCCUCCUACAAAAGCAUCUCCAGGAGAAAAACAGAUGGAUCAUCCUACCAAAGGAUAGUCUACUCAGGUGUUGGAAAGGGAGGAAUCUUUGGACUAGCAGUGGACUGGGUUUCCAACAACCUGUACUUCACCAAUGCCUUCGAGAGCGAGACCUACCUUGAAGUGUUGGCCAUCAACACCACAUACCGAAUGAUCCUACUCAAGUCCGCUCAUGACAGGCCCACUGACCUGGCUGUCAACCCAAAACAGCGCUACAUUUUCUGGACCGAUGCUGGCCAAACUCCCAAGAUAGAGCGAGCUUUUCUGGACGGCACCAACCGCACGGUGCUGGCAUCCGAGAGCCUUGCGUCACCUCGCGGCCUCACCGUCGAUCACACCAAUGACUUCCUCUAUUGGACAGAUGACGUUCUGGACAUGAUCUCGUGUAUGGCUGCGGACGGCUCACAGAGGCAGAUAGUCCGCUACGGGAGUCGUUAUCCCUCCCCCAUGGGGGUUGCUAUACUUGGAAACAACAUGCUGUGGGUGGAUAAAAGGCUAGCGAAGCUCUUCCAGGCCAAUAAAGAUCCAGCCAACACUAACCAGACAGAGGUAAUCCGAGACACCCUGGAAGGCGUGUUGGACGUGGCCAUCUUUGAUCCUCAUGUCCAGCCUACAGCGGCUCACCAGGUGGGCUUCAACCCAUGUCAGGAAGACAAUGGGCGAUGCCAGCAAUUCUGCUUUGCUAUACCGGAGCAGGACCACCCUAAAUGCGCCUGCGCUCAUGGGUCGCUCCUCAGUAAUGGAGUAACCUGCGGCUAUGGACAAGAUGAUUUCGUAGUUUUCACCACCGGCUACACUCUGAACAGUUUAAGGCUGGACCCUCAGGAUCACAGCACUCCUUUCCCGCCUUUGAGCCUGGGUUACAACUUGAUGGCGCUGGAUUUUGAUUACAAGGACAGGCGUAUUUUCUUCACCCAGUACAUGGGGAUAGGUAGGAGCAAGAUUGGCUACAUCACCACCACAUCCAUCAGUAGCUCACCGACCAUCAUAGCUUCAAAUCUGGAUGACCCCGAGGGCUUGGCGUAUGACUGGGUCAACAAACGCCUCUACUUCACUGACUACUACCGCAGGAACAUCCAGUCUAUAGGAAUGGACGGGUUGAACCGCACCGUCAUUGCCCAUGCAAACCGUCCCAGAGGCAUCAUAGUCGACCCUUGCUAUGGUUACCUCUACUGGACUGAUUGGGGCUGGCCUGCCAAGAUUGAAAGAGCCACACUGGGUGGAAACUUCCGGAUUCCCAUCAUUAACACCAGCUUGUCCACACCUAAUGGCCUCGCCAUCGACUUUGAAGAGAGGAUGUUGUACUGGGCUGAUGCUUCACAAGACAAAAUUGAGCGCUCCACCUUGACGGGAGCAAACAGGCAGAUGAUCGUGCAAGGUGUCCAGUACCCCUUUGCCAUGACGGUUUUUAAGCAGGACAUCUUCUGGACCGACUGGACGGAAAAAGCCGUUUUCAGAGCGGGGAAAGAUGACGGCUCUGGCAUCACCGUUUUGACCCAGGAGCUUCAGUAUCAACCUAAUGAUAUUCACGUCUAUGCUGGGUCCAAGCAGGAGAGUUGCUCCAGCCCCUGCAUGCAGUUCAACGGAGGCUGUAGCCACGUCUGUGUACCUGGUCCGACCGGACCCGAAUGCCAGUGCCCCCAUGACGGCAAAUGGUAUUUGGCAAAUAACGGCAAAGACUGUGUCAAAGAUGACGGCAAGCGCUGCCAGCCCAAUCAGUUCACGUGUCUUAGCGGAAAAUGCAUCCCGGCUGGCUGGACAUGUGACGGCUUCGACGACUGCAAGGACAACACAGACGAGCUGGAGAGAGUGUGCGCCUUCCACACCUGCUCAGGUGUGCAAUUCACUUGUGACAACGGCCGCUGCGUGCCGCUCAACUAUGCCUGCGAUUACAUGAACGACUGCGGCGACAACAGCGACGAGCACGGAUGCCCCUUCCCCACCUGUAACCCCGACACCGAGUUCACCUGCGACAACGGACGCUGCAUCAGCGCGUCUUUUCUCUGCGACGGCUACAACGACUGCCGCGACAACGCCACCUCAGAUGAAAUUAACUGCCCUGACAGGGUCUGUCCCACGGGCCAGAUCAAAUGUGACAACACCAACAUCUGCAUCUACCCUAACAAGCUGUGCGAUGGCUACAACAACUGUGGCGACAACAGCGACGAGAACCCUCUCUUCUGCGCGGGUCGUACGUGCCCUCCGAGCGAGUUCCAGUGUGACGUUGGCAAGUGCAUCCCUACCUCUUGGGUGUGUGACUUCUACAAUGACUGCAGCGAUGGGACUGAUGAACCUUCCACAUGCGAGCAUGUAGUGCAAACUUGCAGCGCCAGCCAGUUCACAUGUACCAACGGCAACUGCAUCCCACAGUCCAUGAUCUGUGACGGCAACAACGACUGCUGGGACAGCAGUGACGAGGCUCCUGAGCUGCAGUGUGGUCAGCGUACAUGCAGCUCUAACCAAUUUACCUGCCCUACCUGGUCCCCGGGUCACCCACGCUGCGUGCCCUUAAACUUUGUGUGUGACGGCGACAAAGACUGCGUCGACGCGGCCGAUGAAGUUCAAAACUGCCCCAAUCGGACAUGCCACAUGAACGAGUUCGCCUGCAAAAAUGGCCUAUGCAUUUACCUCCCCUUCCAUUGCGACCGUGUGAAUGACUGCGGAGACGGUAGCGACGAGCUGGGCUGUACUUACGACACAUGCAGCAGCUACCAGUUCACCUGCGGCAACGGGGCCUGCAUCUACUCGGCUUAUACCUGCGAUGGCACUAACGACUGCCUGGACGGUUCCGACGAAGCGGACAGCUUGUGCGUCACGGCCCAGCCCACGUGCGCACCUAAUCAGUACUUGUGCAAGUCGGGCGAGUGCAUCGAUGCAAAGAACGUGUGCAACAGUGUGAAGGACUGCCAGGACAACAGUGAUGAAAAAGGCUGCGGCAUCAAUGAAUGCCGCAACCCAUCAGUCCACCAGUGUGCCCAGCUGUGCACGGACACGCUCACAGGCUACUUCUGCUCCUGCAACCCCGGCUACCAGCUCAUGCCCGACGGCAAAGCCUGCGAGGACAUCAACGAGUGCCUAAGCACGCCGGCCGUCUGCAGCCAGCUCUGCGACAACACCGCAGGCUCCUAUCACUGCAGAUGUGCCCCAGGAUACCUGCGGGAACCCAACGGGCGCACCUGUCGGCAGAACAGCGGCGUCGACCCUUAUCUGUUGUAUACCAAUCGCUACUACAUCCGCAACCUGACCACUGACGGAUCCCAGUUGAGAAUAGUCCUGCAGGGCCUCUCCAACGUGGUGGCUCUGGAUUAUGAUUAUUCCGAAAAGAGGCUUUAUUGGCUCGAUGCCGGAGUGGGAAAGAUUGAGAGGAUGCGUUUUGACGGGAGCAACAGGGAGGUGCUGGUGGAUAACGGCAUUCUUGGAGCAGAGGGACUGGCGAUUGAUUGGGUUGGAAGGAAGUUGUACUGGGUGGACAGUUACUACGGCUCGGUGCAUGUGAUGGAGCUGGAUGGGCGCUACAUGAAGAAGCUGCUCACCGGCCACUUCACAAAUGGAAACAACACUUACACCAUCACCCGGCCUCGCGCUGUGGCUGUGAACCCCAAAUAUGGAUGGCUGUACUGGACCGACUGGGCUGACACUCCAUAUAUCGGCAGGGCAGGCAUGGACGGAAGCAAUGUUAUCGCCAUCAUAACAGCCAAACUGGAGUGGCCCAGUGCUCUGACUAUAGACUACACCACCAAUAAGAUCUUCUUUGCUGAUUCCCACCUCAACUUCCUAGACUUUGCAGACAUGGAUGGCAAAAACCGACACCGGGCCAUUGCUGGCUCACUGCCGCAUGUCUUUGCAGUGUCCCUCUUUGAGGACUGGGUCUACUGGACGGAUUGGAACACACACGAUGUGGAAAAGGCUCACAAAUACACCGGCGAAGGGCGCAUGAUCAUGGGCAACAACACACACCGACCCUAUGACCUACAUGUGGUCCACCCCUACAGGCAACCACCAAGCAUGGUCACAGAAGACGCCAUCUUCCUCCCACGCCUACAACAAUGGCUGCCAAAGCCGAGUGAGCGGAGCGCAAUAUGGGCAGCCGGCAAACGAGGCCACGCAGAGACAUUAGCUGACAUCGGAACUAGAACGGUGGAGGGAAUUGGGUUUGUCGGAGGAAGAUCAGACACUUUCCCACAAUCCGUGUCCAAACAGGGCAACAAAGAUGACUAUACGCUCUCCUGUAACACAACACCACACAUCAAAGUCUACCAGGACCUAAUUAGAGAAAGAGACUCAGAGAUGAACUAA